AUGUCCAACCCUCCACCGAGUUCUUCCCACCCGCCGCCGCCGCACUUCGACGUCCCUGCCGUUCUCUCCCCGGCGGAGAUCACCGCAGCCCUCCGCGAUCUCUCCACCGCGGUCCAGGAGAUCCACCUCUACUUGGCCGGUCCCUCCCGGCCGCCGCCGACCGCGCCACUAGCCGCCACCAUCGGGCCGCUGCUCCUGCCGUGGCAGCCGCCGCAUCUGGCGGUCUCAGCCAAAGUCCCCGCCACCACCCUGCCCUGGUUGCCGUGGCCGUCUCAGCCCCUCGCGGGCCCCGUAGCGGUCGUGGCCUCGCUGCAGCAGCCGGCGCCGCCGCUGCCCUGGUUGCCGUGGCCGUCCCAGUCCCGUCGCGGCCGUGGCCCCGCAGCAGCAGCCGGUGUCGCCGCCACUCAGCCUCGGGCCAGCUACGACCACGCCGGCAGGAGUUCCGAUCCAACAAGUCUGGUUCCCACCCUCGCCGUCAUCGCUUCCGUCUUUGAUCGCUACCCGCCAUGCGUCGGCGUCGGUGAGGCUGCAGGCUGCUUUUUAUGA